GCCAAUUAUGCUGGCUGGUCCUCUGCUUACAUACCGUCUGUUAUUUAGAAAGUAAAGCCCAGAGUUCAUGAGUCACAAUCUGCAAAGGAGAAAAGUACUUUUACACUGGAAAUCUUCUCCAAGAACAGUCUGGUAGCUAAAGGGAAGCUGGCAAGCAACAUCACAGAUUCAAGUGUGACAAAUAACCUCAGGAAGAAAGUCUGGUCUUGCUUUGUACAAACAUGGAAAGCAACUCUGAAGAGCCUCCUCAUUGCAAGCAAAAAGCAGCAAAUGGGAAUUGUGUUGCUCCACCCCUCUCCAAAGAGCAGAAAUUUGAUAUGCUCUAUACAAUCGAAGAUGCCCCAUGGUAUCUUUGCAUCCUCCUGGAUUUCCAGCACUACUUGACGUGUUUCAGUGGCACCAUCGCCGUUCCCUUCCUUCUGGCAGAGUCUCUCUGUGUAGGGAAGGACCAGUAUACCAUCAGUCAACUUAUUGGCACCAUCUUCAGCUGUGUGGGCAUCACCACCCUCAUCCAAAGCACUGUGGGCAUUAGGCUUCCUCUGUUUCAAGCCAGUGCCCUGGCAUUCCUGGUUCCUGCCAAAUCCAUCUUGGCCCUGGAAAAAUGGAAAUGUCCUCCAGAAGACCAAAUCUAUGGCAAUUGGACAUUACCACUGAGCACUUCUCACAUAUGGCAACCAAGAAUGAGAGAAAUCCAAGGAGCCAUCAUCAUUUCCAGCCUGGUGGAAGUGGCGAUUGGAUUGCUGGGCAUUCCUGGAGUCUUGCUCAGCUACAUUGGGCCCCUGACAGUCACACCCACUGUCUCCUUAAUAGGUCUCUCAGUCUUCCAAGCAGCAGGAGAUAGAGCUGGAACACACUGGGGCAUUGCUGCAUUGUCUAUUUUUUUAAUUAUUCUGUUUGCUCAGUACCUACGAAACGUUUCUUUCAUUCUUCCUGGGUAUAAAUAUGGGAAAGGCUGCAUAUUGAUCCGGGUACAGAUCUUCAAGAUGUUUCCAAUCAUACUAGCCAUUUUGGUGGUCUGGCUGCUUUGUUACAUUCUGACAGUGACGGAUGUGUUUCCUCGGGAUGCCAAUGCCUACGGAUUCAAGGCCAGAACAGAUGCUAGAGGAGAAAUCUUGUCCAUAGCACCUUGGUUCCGCUUUCCCUACCCCUGUCAGUGGGGGAUGCCCACAGUGACUGCGGCUGCUGUGCUGGGAAUGUUCAGUGCUACAUUAUCUGGCAUCAUUGAGUCCAUCGGAGAUUAUUAUGCUUGCGCCCGACUUGCAGGCGCUCCCCCGCCACCAGUCCAUGCAAUCAAUAGAGGCAUUUUUACAGAGGGAAUCUGCUGUAUUAUUGCUGGGUUACUGGGCACUGGCAACGGUUCUACUUCCUCCAGCCCAAAUAUUGGAGUCUUGGGCAUCACUAAGGUGGGCAGCAGGAAAGUGGUACAGUAUGGUGCAGGAAUCAUGCUUAUUUUAGGAACCAUCGGCAAAUUUACUGCUCUGUUUGCCUCCCUCCCUGAUCCCAUCCUUGGAGGGAUGUUCUGCACUUUGUUUGGUAUGAUCACUGCAGUGGGUCUCUCCAAUCUGCAGUUUGUGGACAUGAAUUCCUCCCGCAAUCUUUUUAUCCUCGGUUUUGCAAUGUUUUUUGGGCUUACCGUUCCAAACUAUUUAGAUACACGUCCAAAUGCUAUCAAUACAGGCAUUGCUGAAGUGGACCAGAUAUUAAGAGUGCUUUUAACCACAGAAAUGUUCGUUGGUGGCAGCAUUGCAUUUAUAUUGGACAACACUGUUCCAGGGACUCAAGAGGAACGUGGCUUAGUACAGUGGAAGGCUGGAGCAUAUGCCAACAGUGACGAAUCUGCAAAACUGAAGAGUUACGAUUUUCCAUUUGGGAUGGGUCUGAUUAAAAGGACUCACUGGUUAAAGUAUGUACCAGUCUGCCCUGUUUUCAAAGGUUUUAAGUCAAGAACAAAGAAAGAUCCUGCUAUAUCAGAACAAGUAAUCGAUACAGUGGAUGAAUCAGGGAUGUGUACCAAGGUUUGAAGGGGUUCUUCAUUGUAUAAUGAAAAGUUAACAACAGAGACUGCAGAAACGUUUAGCUGUAUUGAAACUAUCCCCGUGAAAAUGUCUCAGAUCAGUCAAGGUCAAUGACUGAAACACAUCAGAGGGCAUUUGUGUGCUAUUCAAGAACUUUUAUUCUUCUGUAUCACAUUCUGUUGGGAAAACCUGAUUUAAGAGUUCACCUAAGCACUGUUGAAACUCAAUAACUCAGAGACAAUAAUUUUGCUCAUUUUGAUUUGAAAGUAUCCAGUGUGAGUUUAGAAGGAAAGCAGAUAUUUUCUUGAUGUUGGAAGACAUUUAUUUGAAGACUGCCAGAUCUGGGCCAAAAAAUCCAGAUG